AUGUUAGCACUACUUUCGUUCAUUGGAUUUAUAUAUAUUUCAAAUGGUUGUGAACUAAUCGACUACGCAGUUUUUGUAGCGAAUCGAGAAUACGAAUUUGAUCGUUUAACUGCCGUUAUAUGGUGGCGAAGUAAUCAAUACGCUGUAACACAAUUUCUGGAAAAGUACAAAGGUACGGUAGUUACAGUUAACAUUAAUAGUUCUGUCAGUUUUGACGACGCUAACUUCCAUGAUGUAAUUUUAUACCGACAGACGGUUUUCUUUGCUGAUGCUCCAGAUGAGUUCGAAUAUUUUCUUAAAAAAAUAAACAAAAUAAUCUUAGUUUCUAUACGUGUGAUUAUGCUAUUGACUAACGAUAAGACACAUUCAGUUGAUGACUAUACUAAAAUAGCUUUGAAAAACGAUGUUGGUGACAUAAUAAUAGUAAGGAACGAUGCCGAAGGUAAAAUAAGGCUUUCAACUUACAAACCAUAUGGAAACGGAUAUUGCUCAAAUCAUACAGCUAUAGAUAUGAGCAUUGAUAAGAUGCUUAAUACUACAUUAUUUAUAAGGAAAUACAACAAUUUUUAUAACUGUCCAAUCCGAGUAACUGCUCAUGAAUAUAUGCCCUACACUAUUUUCGAAAAAAAUAAUGGCACUCUCACAGAACUUGCCGGUAUUGAUAGUUAUCUACUUCGAAUCAUUUUUGAAAAAUUAAAUUGUUCAAUGGAUAUAGUAAGACUUAUAGACUAUGGGCGUCCAAAUCACUUUAUAGAUUCGUCUUUGGAAAACUUUACGGAAUUUAAAGAUAGCAAUGCCGAUAUAAUGAUACCGAGUCUCGUAUGGACAAGGAAACGAAACUCUGUUGCACUAGGGUCUCACGUGCACAUACAGAUUAAUAUAGUUUGGUUUUUGCCGAUUCGCCGAGAAAUAUACGAGUGGGCGAAGAUGCUGCUACCUUUUUACAACAUAUCAACACUGUUUAUAAUAGCUGCUUUUCUUAUUAUGUUCUUUACAAUAAAAAUCGUCAUAAAAUUUGAAAAAAAUGAGAACGAAUCACGUAAUGCAAUAAUUUUUAAAAUGCUUGGAAUAUUUCUCUGUCAAAGCAUGCGUAAAAACUCCCGUAGUUGGCUUAUUAAUAGCUUGUUCAUAUUUUGGAUUUGGUUUUGUAUGUGUUUUCAAAUAUUAUACGAAGGGCAACUAAUUGAAGGUUUACGUAAAACUAUUUUAGAACCUGAAUUGAGAACACUUGAUGAAGCCGUAAAAUCUGUAAAUGAAUUAGGAGGUCCGAUAGUGUUAAAGAAAUACUACCGAAAUACGUCAAUUGAAUCUAAAUAUGAAAUGAUAAAAUUGAAGAAUAUAGCGAAAUAUGUUAAAGAUAUAGCACAUGGAAGAAGAUAUUUAUUGAUGGGUGACAAAUUUCAAAUAAGGGUCUAUGGUCCAGUUUUAUCAGUUCUCGAGCAAAGUGUUAUUACUCUACCAGCAAGUUUCCAUGUACGGCCUCGUUUCCCAGCAGCACUGGAAAUUUCUAGUCUUACUGCUCAAAUAUUGGAGUCAGGAUUGUUUGCAAAAAUAACAAACGAUUAUACAUUCAAAUCGCUUCUGAAGUAUAAUUUCGAAAAGUCAAAUAAACAUGAAAACUCAUUUAAGGCGAUGGAUAUUGGGACUUUGAAAUCAUUAUUUGAGGGACUUAUUGCAAUGUAUAUAAUAAGUUUUGUUGUGUUUAUCGUAGAAAUGUUAUGGAGUAAAUGCGAGAUGAGAAAAGAGAAAGGAAGAAUAUUGCACGAUUAUGCUAAAAAUAAAGCAUAA